AUGUCGGUCCAAACAUCUCAUGAGACUUCGGAAAGUGUAACAGAGAUGGAGUUACCACGGCAGUUCCUUAGUUGCUCGCGGACAUAUUUGGUGGUGCUAAUUUCACGAAUGUUGACAUCGUUGAUCGGCAUGAACGACGCUCAAGGUGACAAAUCCAAGCCGAUAAAACUGACAAGGUUUCAUUCACGGGUGCCACCAGCGAUAUCGGUGUACAACUACCUCAUCAGGUUGACGAAAUAUUCAUCGCUGGAACACUGUGUGCUGUUGGCUUCUGUCUAUUACAUUGAUCUUCUAACGAACGUUUAUCCAGAAUUCCGACUCGACAGUCUGACGGUGCACAGGUUUCUUCUCACAGCGACAACCGUUGCCAGCAAAGGUCUGUGCGACUCGUUCUGUACCAACACACAUUAUGCGAAGGUGGGAGGUGUUCAAUGUAGUGAGCUUAAUGUGCUGGAGAAUGAGUUUUUGGAGAGGGUCAACUACAGAAUACUUCCACGAGAUGAUAACAUAAGAAGGUGUUCUCUGGAAAGACAGGAGCGAAUAUUUUCCUACUCCAACAUACCUAUGGAUAAAGAUUGUGCACUGCAGGACAGGAACAAUGGAUUUGGAGUACUUGAGAAGUACUAUCAUAGGAUGAUUCAUCUCAUCGGAGAUUUCAAUAUGUCCCCAGAUAAAAGUUGUAAUUUAUCGUUUACUCUGGCCGAAAGUCCAACAAAUAGCAUCCAAAAGACUCUACCAGGAGGUAAUGACUUUCAAACUGCAUACCCCGGUAACAUUGACGAUGGCAGUAAAUCUUGUCCAAAUAUCACAAGUAAUAAUGGGUCUGAAUGCCAGUUGGCAUCUAAGGAAGAAUCACGGAGUCUGCGUUCUGCCCAUAUGGACAACAAUAGCAGUGUGAAUAAUAGUUCACCGCAAUCAUUUUCAAGGAAGAGGAAUUACUCGGACUCGAGUAUUAACCAUUUAGGAAUGUGCACACAACUAAUCCUGUCCAAAAAACACUCAAAUUCUCAAAACAGUCAUUCCCCAAGGGAAAUUGUAUAA